AUGGAGAUAUUGCAGCUCCAUCGCAAAUUGCCCGAUAUGACGAAAACAUUUACUGCAGCUGAAGUCGCAAAGCACAAGACUCCCGAGUCUGGCCUAUAUAUCAUUGUUGAUUCGGAUGUGUAUGAUAUCACCAACUUUAUUGAGGAGCACCCCGGCGGCUCUAGAAUACUAAAGAGAGUUGCUGGCAAGGACGCUUCAAAGCAGUUCUGGAAGUACCAUGGGGACGGCGUCCUGAAGAAGUACGGUGCGAAAUUAAAGAUUGGUGAGGUCAAAGAGGAGGCGAAGCUAUGA